AUGAGGCGCGCGCGGAACACGGCGCCGCCGCCUCGAGGCCUGCUGCUGGUCGGACGACAAGACGCCCCGAGUCUGUCGUCCGCAGGCCGCGCCCUACGGUGGCCGCAGGUCGGCCACCCUACGACGUCUAGUGCGUCUGCUGCGGGAGGGGAGAGAGGAGGCAGCCUCUCUGUCCCUUUCCGCCGCCUCCUUUGCGAGCAUCACGGCCUCACAGAAGGUAGCGACGGCGGGCUGGCGCAACCUGAGUUAUACCUCGGCCUCAUAGACAACCGUGUGAGUGAGGUUACUGGAGGACCGAAUCUCCGUCUUUUUCUUCUGAAUCUUUUUUCACUGAAUAAACAAGCUAUAUUAUGUAUAAACACCAUAAUUUACCUGAACAUGCAUCCAGGAACGUGUCCGGCGUAG